UAAAAAAAACAGUUUUUAUGAUUUUUAUAAUGGAGGCCACACAAUCUUGUGAAUAAAACAGUAUUUUUGAAACGUUUUCUCUUUAGAUAGUGUUUAUAAGCUACUAAUUAAUUUAGAGGAAAUAGAGUGAAUAACAAGUUGUACGUAUUUGAUCGAUAACUUAUGUGGAAAAUUUAAAAACAUGAGGGUUGCUCAAAAAUUAAAUUUUGAAGCAUGUGACGAGGACGAUCACAACAUUAACAGUUCGGGAUGCGGUGAUGAUAUUUCUGAUUCUUCUAUUGAUGAUUUAUAUAUAUCACCUAUAACACAGCCAGGAAAAUCGGCUUUUAAUAAUUUAAUGGACUGCGGUGAUUAUGAAACAAUUCAAUCCUAUUCAAGGAAUAAUCAUUUUCCUGCUACCACUUCAAUGACAGCAUCUAGUGAAAUAAGGAUUCCACUUCGGGAAAGUGGAUCACCUAAAAAAAUGUCAAUGGCUUGCAGUCCUCCUUACAAAAGAGUUCGAGCACUUCGACUUUUUGAUUCACCAGCAACUCCUAGGACUAUAAUAGAAAAAAGUGUAUUUCACACACCAGUACCCUAUAAAUGUUCGAGACUUUUUUCCAUUGAUAAAUCACGUGCCAAAGUUACUGGUUUUCAAAAUAAAACAGACAAACCUGCAGCUAAUGUUAAUCCAUUUACACCAAAUGGCAUGUUAUUAAAUGCCAAAAAAAGAACUAGAUCUAAACGAAAUCUUCACGAAACGUCGUCAGAUAUUGAAGUUCCUAAAUUUGAACUUGAUUCCGAGGAUUCUGACAGUGAAUUAGAGCAACCGACAAAACGUGUUGCUCUUCAAGACUCGAAUAUUCCUCGAUAUCGACAAGAAUUUUUGGAACUUGGAAUAAUUGGUUCAGGUGAAUUUGGAUCAGUUUAUAAAUGUAUUAAUCGAUUAGACGGCUGUACGUAUGCAGUGAAAAAAAGUUUAAAACCCGUUGCUGGCAAUGUUAAUGAAAAAAAUGCAUUAAAUGAAGUUUAUGCUCAUGCUGUUCUUGGAAAACAUGAAAAUGUUGUAAGAUAUUAUUCAGCAUGGGCGGAGGAUAAUCAUAUGAUUAUUCAAAAUGAAUAUUGUAACGGUGGUAGUCUCGCUGAUGCGAUAUUGACACAAGAAAAAGAAAAGAGAUUUUUCUCUGAAUUAGAAAUACGACAAUUGCUAUUCCAUGUAGCGAAAGGACUUCGUUAUAUUCAUAGUAUGCAUCUUGUUCAUAUGGACAUUAAACCGGGGAAUAUAUUUAUUUCAAGGGAGAAAAAAUUAAGUGCUAUGAAUGAUGAUUCGGCAGAUGAUGGUUUUGAUGAGGAAGAAACAGUUGAAGAGGAAGUUACAUAUAAAAUUGGUGAUUUUGGACAUGUUACGUCAAUAAAUAAUCCUCAAGUUGAAGAGGGUGAUUGUCGAUAUUUACCAACGGAAAUACUUCACGAAGAUUUUACGCAUUUAUCAAAAGCUGAUAUUUUUGCAUUGGGAUUGACGGUUUAUGAAGCUGCUGGUGGUGGUGCUUUACCAAAAAAUGGUCCCGAGUGGCAUAAAAUUAGAAAUGGUGAAUUAAAAGAACUACCUCGUUAUAGUAAAGAUCUCAAUGAUUUGCUUAAGUUGAUGAUUCAUCCUAAUGCUGAGAUGAGGCCUUCGGCAUCAUGUCUUAUUCAGAAUAAAUUACUUUCAACUAAAACCAAAGUUCAAUUACGUCGUGAACCUGAUGGGGAAAAACAUAAGAACGAGGAUGGUAAAAAUGGACCAAACGAUAUUGACAUGAAUGAUGGAAUUAGUAAAAAUUUCAGUGGUUACCAAUUGAGACCAACACCAACAAGAAUGUCAUCACGUGUGAUAGGUAAAAAAGUCAAUCGAAGCCAUAGCACAAUUUUCUAAGUGUCAUAUCAUUUUUUUUUAUAAAAAAAUGAUUACUGAAAAUUAGGCCGAAAAAAAAACUUGUUAUUCAAGAAGCGGUACCCAUUGGUGCCUUUAUAUUGUGAUAUCGUUAGUUCUAGAUCAUAAGCAAAAUCUUGGUUUGGAUAAUACGGUAUUCAGAGUGAAAUUGCCCAAUUUGAUAAUUUUCUCAAAUCUCUAACUUAUAUUUUAAAUAUUACAUUUUUUUCAAAUUUAAUGUUUAAAAAGUGAUAAAAGAUUUAUUCAAUCAUUUUAUCAGAUCAGAUUGUUUAUACUUCAAAUCCACAGUAAAAAAAAAAAAAAUUGGAUUAAAAGUAACAAAUGUGCUUCCAAAAGAAAAGAAUUUAAAAAAAAAAGUUGAUGCUAAAUUGUAGACAAAAGGCUUUUCAAGCUUUCAAUGACAAUUUUAAAUUUAGAUGUGAAUUUAAAAGUAGUUAAUUAAUUUUUGAAAAAUUUAGCAAUUUAACUCUGCAUGACCAGGAAUGUUGAAGUGUUUUUUUAAAAAUUAUUUUUAUAGAAAUUGUAUUCGGACCGAUUCUUAGUCGACGUUGAAAUUUGUCUUAUUUAAUUAUUGGUAUUUCUAGUAUCUAGGAUUUAAUCGCGUUGUUUUUUUUUUUUUUUUUUGGCAAAUGUUUUUCAAUUUCUAAUUAUUAAGAAUGUUUCAUAUAAAAUUUACAUUUAUGACAUUUCUUUUCAAAGAAAGACAUCAAUUUUUCAAUGAAUUAUUUCAAUCGCGUUAUAUAUUUUCAAACGCGUGUAUUUUUGGUUUUAUAUUAAUUUUCUGAAAAAAAAAAACUUAUUUAAUAUUACAAUUUUUUGUCUUUCUUACUUUGAUUUGUAUAAUAAUUAAUUAUACAAAAUAUGCUGCUUUUACAAGCGCUCAUUAUUCUAUUUAAAAAAUUGUAAUUUACUUAACGAGAUAACUUUUACAAGUACAUCUUGGAAAAUAAUUGCAUGUGAUUUUGAAUUUGGAACCAGUUUCUCAGAAUUUUACUAUCAAAUAUAAUUCUGUCGCAGGAUUAAAUUUUGCAAAUAUUCAUUUUAAAUGAAGGAUGAAAUUAUAGAUUAAAAAAAAAAAAAAAAAUUAAUUAAAUUGUAAAAAAAAGACGCUUUCAUUAAUAAUUUUUAACUGCUUACCAAGGAGAAGCGACUCCGUAAGGUAAAAUAAAAUCGCAUUUAUAUUUUAAUACGACGUGAUUAAUAUUGUUUUCAGUUCACUUAAUAAUAUCAUUAACAUGAUUACAAAAAUAAAAAGAUUUGAUUUAAAUCAA